AUGACAUAUCUCUAUUUCUAUCUCUCUAUCAAACAAAUACUUUAUAUCAUUUGUUUAUUGUAUUGGAGUAUUGCAAUAACAAUCUAUCUUGGUCGAGUUUAUUUAAAGUCAUUUCAAGAUUUUACAAGUUAUGGCAAACUCUCAUCAAAUCUUCAAAAGAACAACAAAAAGAAGAGGAUAGAACCUUCUUCAUCAUCAUCUUCUCUUUCAUAUUAUAUUGAUAGAGAAUGGAUUGAAACAAAGAAUGGAUGGUUAACAUUUUAUUUAAUAUCAAUGUUGUUAUCAUUGAUUUCUAUACUCGGUCAAUCAAAUUUUAAAUAUACUUUUGGUCAAGAUGAAAAGGAAGGAUCAUCAUCAUCAUCAUUAUCAUCAUCAUCACAACAACAAUUAUAUUUAUUCUAUUUGUUAAUGUUUAUUCAAGCAAGUAGAAGAUUAUUUGAAACUUUAUUUGUUCAGAAACAUUCUAGAUCUAGGAUGAACAACUUGUUGUUUAUCUCUGGUGUAUCUUAUUAUUUGUUUAUUACUUUAUCACCUUGUUUCUCAACACCCUAUACUUUUAAUCUUGGUAGUUUUAAUUUCAUCCCAUUUAUCAUCUUUGCCAUCGCAUCCUAUUCACAAAGACAAGUUCAUAUCAUCUUGUCAAAUAUUCGAAAUAUUCCAUCCGUCAUUAUAACUUCAUCGUCGCAGUCAAUGGACAAACAUUAUGAAAUUCCAAAAGGAUUUUUAUUCAACUAUAUAUCAUGUCCUCAUUUCCUAAUGGAAAUUAUCAUUUAUACUUGUUUCUUUUUAAUUGUUCCUUCUUUACCUUUUUUGAUGGCAUUAAUAUUUACAAGUUUAAAUUUAAUUCAUAGAUCUAUUGAAACUCAUAGAUGGUAUCAAAAACAAUUUAAAGAUUAUCCAAAAUCAAGAAAAAUAAUCGUCCCUUUUAUUUAUUAA